UCCAAAAAACCCCAACUCCAAAAUGCAAUGAAACUUGAAAAUGUGAUUGAAAAAAAUCGAAACCCAAAAUGGUUUCACUUUUUGAAAAUUAUGAACAGCAAUAUUCUGUUUUAACUGCCGACAUUACAGCUCAAGUAGGGCUACUAACAGCUUCAGCUUCAAAAGACCGUCGACAGCUUAUCUCGAACAUAGAAAAACAUGUCGAAGAAGCCCAGGAAUUACUGGAGCAAAUGGAGCUGGAGGCCCGGGAGGUCGAGCAAUCCAAGAAGCAGAGGUGCAGAACGAAAUUAGACUGCUACAGGGCCGAAUUAAAAAGACUGACACUGGAUUACAUUAAAGCGAGGUCCGUUAAACAGGGCAUCCUGUACGACAGCAGCGAGGAGCUGAGCGAUGUCCGGAUAUCGUCAGAUCAAAAACAAAGGUUGCUGGAUAACUCCGAGAGGCUGGAACGAUCGAAUAGGCGACUGGAAGAAGGGUAUCGGGUGGUGGUCGAAACGGAAGACAUCGGGAACCAAGUGAUGAAAAAUUUGGCCGAACAAAGGGAAACCAUCCAGAGGACUCGAUCUAGAUUAAGAGAAGCAGACGAGGAUUUGAGCCGAUCAGGAAGACUAAUGAAUUCUAUGAUAAUGAGAUCCCUCCAACAGAAAGUGGUCUUGUACACAAUUUGUGCCUGUUUCUUAGUAGCUAUUUGCCUAGCCAUUUACUUGGGAGUUAGAAGGAGUUAAAAUUGUUAGCGUUGAGUGAGGAAAAUUUGACCGACGAGUAUCUGAAAUGCUUGUAACGAUUCAUUGGUAUAGUUUUAAAAAUGCUAGUCUAUUUAACGAAUUCUCUGAGUGUAAUAUUUUUUAGUAUUUAUGACGAUUUUUUUCUAAGCUAAAUAAGUUAUUACUUAAAUUCUCUUUCAUUUAUUAAAAAGACACGGAACAAUGCGUUUGGUUGCUCAAUAGUGAUUUACUUGUAAAAUAUUUGUUAAAAAAUAUCUGAUAAUAUACGAUUGUGAUUCAUUUUAUUAUGGUAGAUUUCAUUUAAUCAUUUAAGUACACACUUAGAUAAGAUUAACUUCAGUUUGUUUGUAUAUAUUAUUUUUUUAUAAUUUAUUUAAUAGAAUUAGGAACAGUCUGUACUUUGUACAAUUAAUUAAUUAACCAUAAAAGCGUUUUCACACGGUGCAAUAAAUUGUUGCAAUGUUGCAUUGCAGUUAAAAUACAAACGUUCAAAUGCGUAGUUUUGCAUAUAUUGCAAUAAAUUGCACCAUGUGAAAAGCCUCUAAGUAAGUGCAUACAUACUAUUUAUUUGAAUUGUAAAUAUAACAUUGUUAUGUAAUAACUUAUGGAUGAAAGUUCAGUUUUCUCAGGUUUCCAAAUAUUAAGAUUAUUUUACUCGUGCUACUGAUAAUUUUCAAGUUAAUUUCACUUUAAAAAGAAACUUUAUUAUAAGAUAAGCUCAGGUAAAAUGCAAAAUUUAUUUAAAAGGGAGUACCUACUUGAAGUAUUAUCUUUCCCAGUAUAAUUUUGGAAAUGUGGUGCUGAAUUUUGUUAGUAGAAUAUAAUUUUACACUAAGGAUUUAAUUCAUUUCUAUUCUGUAAAUUGUAACUGUAUUUUUGUUAUUUGUUUUAGUAUGGAAUUAGAGUUUUUAAUAAAUUAUACAUUCCC